AUGGCAGCUGCAAAGAGAAGAAGGACGACACGCCGAGACGAUAUUGCAAAAAGAAGACGUCCUGUUAGGCAGACUAAGGAAAAAGAAGAGAAGAAACUUCGGGAAGAAAAAGAAGUUCAGAAAAUAAAAGAAGAUGUAAAGGAAGAACCUAAUGAAAGGAACGAUGAUAUGACUACAGUGGAAGAUGAAGUCUCCGCUAAAAUUAAAGAUAACAAUGACGAUGAAAGUAACAACGCAGAAAAAGAUGACACCCAAGAGCAUGAUGAAAAGAAGCCGGAAACAGUCACGGAAGACAGUAGAGAUGGCAUAGAUAUUGCUGAAAAUAAGCCACAUGAUAAUAGUGAUGCAAGUGUGGACAAAGAAUUGCAGAAAGAUGGGGAGUUGAUGAAUAACAAUGACGGAAAUCCCAAACUUGAAGAGGAGAUAAAAGAAUAUAAACACGACAGCCCAAGUGAUAAUAAGUCAGACGCUAGCACAGAAAAUGGAAGUACAGAUCAAGCACCAAAAGAUGGGUGCAAAGAAAAUGUGGGUGUUAAAAGAUCGUCAAAUGUGAAGAUAUUCGAUAAAGUGAAACACGACGAUCUUGGGCUGCCAAUGGUUGGAGAAUUAAUAAGCGAAGAAGUAGAUGAAGAGCUGAUAGAUGAAGAAGAAAAAAAGAGGGUUGUUGGAUACACAUUUGAUGGGGAGAGAUACUCAUAUAAAGAAAAGCCAUCUGUAAUAGAGGAAAGAGAGGGUAAAAUCGAGUUUCGGGUGGUGAAUAAUGACGGAAAGAGAGAUAGCUUGAUUAUAUUAACGGGAUUAAAGAAUAUCUUCCAGAAGCAACUUCCUGAAAUGCCUAAAGCUUAUAUUACAAGGUUAGUUUUUGACAGAUCGCACGUUUCAAUUGCCGUUAUACGUAAACCUUUAACAGUUGUUGGUGGUAUUACCAUAAAACCAUUUGAAAGUCAUCACUUUGCGGAGAUCGUCUUUUGUGCAAUAUCAUCUUCUGAACAGGUGAGAGGUUAUGGUGCCCAUAUGAUGAAUCAUUUAAAGACAUUUGUUCGAGGUAUGAUGGAUGUUCAGUACUUCCUUACCUAUGCGGAUAAUUAUGCCAUUGGAUACUUUAAAAAGCAGGGUUUCACGAAAGAGAUCACCCUUCCUAAAAGAGUGUGGAUGGGAUAUAUCAAAGACUAUGAAGGGGGUACAUUGAUGCAAUGUUCAAUGUUACCAAAAAUCAGAUAUUUGGAUGCCCCGAAAAUCUUGUCAUUACAAAGGGCAGCUAUUCUGAGAAAAAUUAGAUCUGUUGGACAUUCACAUGUUAUUCGUCCUGGAUUAGUACAAUUCAAAAAUGAAAAUUUCAAGCCAAUGAAUCCGUUGGAUAUACCAGGAAUCAAGCAUGCCGGAUGGACGAAGGAAACAGAUGAACUAGCUAAACAACCGAAAAGGAGUCCUGUGUAUCCAAUUAUGCUUACAUUACUUACAGAGAUGCAGAAUUCACCUUCAAACUGGCCUUUUUUGCAGCCAGUCAAUAAAAAAGAAGUUCCUGAUUACUAUGAGGUGAUCGCGGAACCAAUGGACUUAAGCACUAUGGAGGUGAAAUUAGAGAAUAAUGCAUAUGAGACGUUGGAUGACUUCAUCUACGAUUGUCGGCUUAUUUUUAAUAACUGUCGGCAAUACAACGGAGAAAGCACAACAUUCUAUAAAAAUGCGAAUAAACUUGAAAAGGUUCUCAUCAAUAAACUCAAAGAUUAUCCGGAGUACUCACAAUACUGCGAUAUGCUUCAACAAGAUAAGUGA